GACGGAAAAAACCUUUCAGGAAGAGCACGUGCUCCACCCUACAGAUAUAUUUUUUUCCCUUUGGGCUGGGCACUUCAACUCACAGGAGAGUAUAUUUGUUAAUAACCAACUGGUAGAAAUUUAUUAUUCAAGUUGUCCUCAGUUGGAAAAGUUGCUGGCCUGAACACAAUAAGACCAUGUCUUCCAUUAGAAUUGAGACUGUUGUGAAAGAGAAGAACAGGAUGGGAGAGUGCCCUGUCUGGGAAGAAAGAGAGAAUUCCCUUGUUUUUGUGGAUAUCAAUUCACAGAAGGUUUGCCGCUGGAACUCACUCUCCAAAGAACUUCAGUGUGUGGCUCUUGAUGCCCGUGUUGGCUCAGUGUCUCUUCGCCAGUGUGGAGGAUAUGUGGUCACAGUAGGAACCAGGUUUGCCUUCUUGAACUGGGAAGAUCAGAGCCUUGUUGAUAUCACUGAGGUAGAAUUAGAUAAAGCCAACAACAGAUUUAAUGAUGGAAAAGUAGACCCAAUGGGGAGGUAUUUUGCAGGUACCAUGGCUGAGGAGACAGAACCUGGAGUAAGAGCAAGGCAUCAAGGAGCUCUUUAUACUCUCUUUCCUGACUGUAGUGUCAUGAAGCAGCUAGAGCAGGUGGACAUCUCCAAUGGGCUGGACUGGUCACUGGACCACAGAACCUUCUUCUACAUUGACAGCCUGGCAUAUGCUGUGCAGGCCUUCAGCUAUGAUGUACACACCGGAAAAAUUGAUUGUAGUACUUGUAAACCCGUGUAUAAACUGGAAAAAGAGGAAGCAAUGCCGGAUGGGAUGUGCAUUGACACAGAAGGGAAACUCUGGGUGGCUUGUAUUGAUGGUGGACGAGUGAUUCGUAUUGACCCUGAAACAGGGAAAAGAAUUCAAACAGUGAAGAUGCCAACUCCCAGAAUCACAUCCUGCUGCUUUGGAGGGAAAGAUUAUUCAGAAAUGUAUGUCACUUCUGCUUAUGAUGGACUGGACGAGGCUGCAUUAGCCAAGGAGCCUCAUGCUGGGGAGAUUUUCAAGAUAACAGGACUGGGGGUGAAAGGAAUCCCACAGCACUACUUCACUGGAUAAGUGUUUGUUCAUAUUAUUUGAUGAAGGUACACACAUCCAGAAGCCAAAAUUAACAAGAAUAGAAAUGUGAAAGUCAAAAGUGUAUAUUGUUCUCAUUAAACAUACAUUAACUUCAUAUUUUGAUGUUCUGUAACUGUUUCUUUUUCUUUGUAGCUGCCUCAUGUUUUCUUAAUAGCAUAAAUAAUAGAUUUAAAUGUAGGGUUAGUAAUGAUA